GAUCCCCUGAAAGGAUGAACUGAUGCUAAGCGCCCGGAGCCUCCUACCCAUGAAACGCGUGUUGGUGAUAGAAACCUGUUUCCUGCAGCAACUUGCAUGCGACCAAACGGCUGAAAUCUGCGUCGGCCGUGGUGACAAUAAUACGCAGGCUGCCUUUCUAUAUCAAGGGGGUAACCGCCGUGCCUGUCUCUGGAUCGCGCCUUUCUUAACUCGACCAUGUUCAAGACGAUUAGUUACUCGGAUACGACAGAGUCGGGUACAAAGAUACAAGCAAGGAAUUCGGAUAGCGAAGUCGAGCACACAGCAUGGGGUCUCUCGAGACUCCUCCGCCGCCGCAGGUGGCCCUUGACGCUGACUCGCUGGCGCAACUCAACAACACCGAGUCGAAGGCGCUGCUCGACACAAUCGACGAUCUCCGGAAGAUCCACGUCGGUGACAUCGUCAACCUGCCCCAGAUCAUCGUCGUUGGCGACCAGUCAUCGGGCAAGAGUUCCGUGCUGGAAGCCAUCUCGCGCGUGCGCUUCCCCGUCGACGGCGACUUAUGCACGCGCUUUGCCACGGAGCUCGUUCUGCGCCGUGCCAGCGAGACCGCCGUGCAGGUCAGCAUCCAGUUCGCGGACGGCACACCUGAACCGGCCGGGCACGGAGACGCUGUAGACCCGCCAUUCCACGGGGAGGUCUUCAACAGGGAGGCCUUGCCCGACGUAAUCCGCGACGCCAAGGUCCGCAUGGGCAUCCGCGAGGGGGGUACUAAGAGGUUCUCACGAGACAUCCUGCGGGUAGAGAUCUCUGCACCAGACGUAUACCCCCUGACGCUGGUCGACCUUCCUGGCAUCUUCCACAGUGAGACGGCCGACCAGAACCAGGCCGACAAGGAGGUUGUCGACCAGCUGGUGGCGAGCUACAUGAACCAGCCAAAGAGCAUCAUCCUCGCCGUCGUGGCCGCAAACAACAACCUCGCCAACCAGGUGGUUCUGCAGGUGGCCCAGAAACACGACCCGUCCCGCGAGCGCACUAUUGGCGUCAUCACCAAGCCCGACCUGGCCGGGCCUGGGUCGGCCAACGAGUGCAAGUACCUGGACCUGGCCAAGGGCCUCGAGAGUAUGCACAAGCUCACCCUCGGCUGGUACGUGCUGCGCAACCCGUCCGAGAGCGAGAGGUCCUCGGGAGAUGACGUCCGAGACGCCAUCGAGCAUCGCUUCUUCCGGUCCGGCGCCUGGAGCUCCAUCCUGCCGGCAAACAGGGGCGUCGAGAGCUUGCGGAAGCGUCUGAGCAAAGUCCUUCUCGACCACAUCAGGACAAACUUACCGGGCCUGAUCGAUGAAAUCGAAGCAAAUCUGAGGACGCGCCAGGAAGCGCUAGAUCGACUUGGCAGCUCGCGGUCGACGACCGAGGAGCUUCGCUCGUACCUGCUCGGCAUCGCCGAGGACUUCCAGCGACUGGCCCGCGACGGGAUUGAGGGCCGGUACAGCAAUGAGGACUUCUUUGGGGGCAUCGACGAGAAGGAAACAAAGCUGCGCGCUAAGCUGCGCAAUAGGAACCGCGCUUUUGAUGCUGUGAUGAAAGUCAAAGGCGCGCGCUACAAGAUCCUGUGGGGCGACGGGGAUGCUGCCGACGAGAAUCCGGACGACGGCGAUGGCAACGACGACGACUACUAUGAUAAUGAUGACGAUGACGACUAUGAUAACGAUGUCGAUGACGACGACUCCCCAAAAUUUCCAGCCUACCUGCAGGAAUUGAUCGACGAGUACGGCGUGCCACACCCGGAAGCCAAACGCGAAACAGAGCUCAACGCGGAGCUGCAGUCGCAGGCGUCGUUCAACCUGGGCCGCGAGUUCCCCGGCGAAGCCAACAGCGAGCUCGCCCUCCAGCUGUUCAAAAAGCAGGCGAAGCCGUGGAAGGACAUCGCCUGGACUCACCUCCGGCAGGUGCUGAAGGUCAGCCAGAAGUUCGUCGAGGAGGCCUUCGCGCACAUCAUCGGCGCCGACGAAACCACCUUGAGAGCCGUCCUAAGCGACUGCGUGGACCCCUUCUUCGUCGAGCGGGAAGAGUUGCUACGUGAAAAGCUGGUGCAGCUGCUUCUUCCCUACGAAAAAGGUUACGGGCUGCCACUCGAGGACGAGUUCAGCGUCAAAAUGGAGGAAAAGACGCUCCGUCGGCUGGCCGGUCGGCUCGUCGAUCGCCUUAGAGAAGUCCACCCGGAGCUGUUCCGAACAAAUGCACGCCUGAGCCGACAGAUGCUCCAGAGGGCCGUCCAUGACCUGAGCCAGGCUGAGCGGGACGAAUUUGCCACCUCGAGAGUGAUUGAUAUGGCCAUCUCUCAUUAUGAGAUGUCGCUGCGGACCUUUGUCGACAACGUCAUCAAUCUCGCAGUCGAGAGUUGUCUGGUCUGUGAGAUCCCGGACAUCCUGACGCCGAGGAAGGUCGACAGAAUGAGCGCCAACCAACUGGCGGAGCUGGCCGCCGAGUCGGACGAGGUGCAGAGUCAGCGGUUGGCUCUCCAGAACGAGAUCCGCAGUCUCAGGGAUGGCCUGCGGAGGUGCCAGAGGCACAGGCCGAGAGAGGUGACAGCACCCGCCGUACCCUCCAGGCCACCCACUCCCGCGGGGAAUCCGACGCCGCCUUCAGGGUCGGAUAGCAGUCAGCACCGAGCAGUGACCACAAGCUCACAGCCCCGUCUGUCACCGAGGCCAGCGCCUCCCGCGUCAACGCCUGCUGCGAACACCCAGGCCCCUGCAGCGCCCUCCCUGUUCCAAUCUGCCGCUACCACCAGCGCCCCUCCUCAGACCUCCAGCACGGGGUCUAUCUUCAGCCAUUCGGGAGGCACCACAUCUGUUUUUGCUGCCACUUCAGCACCAGCAGCGGCAACCGCCCCUCCCGCAACUGGCCUCUUCUCGCCCCCAGUCUUCCACUUUAGCGAGACCCCUACCUACCCCCCCAACGCGUCCGCCACGCUCUUGCCCUCCACGUCCAACUCUACUCCGCCACAGUUUAACGUCGCCAGCUUCGGCAACCCCAGUAAUGCAAGCACAUCUGGUCUCUUUGGCAGCUCGAAUCCAGGGAACACGGCCGCUACCGUCAAUAGCAUGAGCUCUCCAGGGUUAUUCGCAGCGAACGCGACCACUGCGCAGGCCGGCGGAGUGGCCACGACGAGCACUAUUACUACCACGGCCAGUAAUGGUGGGAGUAGAACGAGUACGGGCCGCAGCCCGUUUGUGUUUCCGUCGACGGCCAACAACAACGGUGGCAGCACAAACAACAACGUCAACACCGGCGGCGGCAGCAGCAGCAGCAGGAGCGGGGCAGGCGCUUUCGCUUGUGCCGCUGCUGGACACGCCGGGCGCGACACAUUGCGAGCCAGUUAUAGCUCAUUACAGCGGCGGGGGGCGGUGGAUGUGGCGGAUGAUGCAUGGCUGCGCGCAGGAGCACCUAGUGGGGUGGUCGCCUGAGGAGUUGCGGCUUAAGUGGAUAAUUGAAAGUGAGGUGUGAGGAUAUAUCUUGGGAGUGUCGUA